AUUUGAUGCCCAAACCAAACAAGUACGGAGAGUUAACAUUUUGCGCGUAGAGCUUCGAUCUGACGGCACACAUCUCUCCGGCGUCCAGCAAAUCCACGGUCCUGCUGAAUUUGGCGUCGCGCCGGCGUCCGACCCUUAUCGCCGUUUCGUUCGCGCACGUCAAGCUAGCGCCAUGAUGAACCUGCAGACGCCGCUCCCGCCCACCAGCUCGCCGGCCCCGGCUCCCCGCGCCAGCCGUGCGCCUGUCGUGCCUGCUGCCCGACGCGGCACCGGCCGCCGGCGUCAGCGGCGGAAACCGUCUUCGUCCCCGUCCACCCGCGUCGGCGAGGCCGAGCACGAGCAGCCGGACGCCCUCGCCCGCAUCCUCCGCACCGAGGCCGCCGUCUCGGGCGUCUCCCGCAAGGCCGCGGCCGCGCGGCAGCAGUCCACAAACCUCUGGCCCCGCGCCGUCCUCGAGGCCCUCGACUCCGCCGUCGCCGCAUGCCGCUGGGAGUCUGCCCUCGAGAUCUUCGAGCUGCUGCGGAAGCAGCACUGGUACGAGCCGAGGUCGCAGACCUACGCGCGGCUGCUGAUGAUGCUCGGCAAGUGCCGGCAGCCCGGUCCCGCCGCCGCCCUCUUCAAGGCGAUGCUCUCGGAGCGGCUCCGGCCGACGGCGGACGUGUACACGGCGCUCGUCGGCGCGUACGGCUACAGCGGCUUGCUGGACGAGGCGCUGGCUGCCGUCGAGCAGAUGAAAGGCGCCGCCGACUGCAAGCCGGACGGGUACACCUUCUCCGUCCUCAUCAAUUGCUGCGCCAAGUCGCGCCGCUUCGAUCUGAUCCCUGCUGUUCUCGACGAGAUGUCAUACCUGGGGAUCGAGUGCAAUUCGGUUAUCCACAACGCGAUAAUUGAUGGGUACGGCAAGGCUGCCAUGUUUGAGGAGAUGGAGGGUGCGCUCUCCGCCAUGCUUGAGAGUGGGAGCAAUGUGCCGGACAUUUACACCAUGAACUCUGUCAUCGGGGCAUAUGGCAACCAUGGAAGAACAGAUGAAAUGGAGAAGAGUUACAGUGAGUUUCAGCUGAUGGGUGUUGAACCAGAUACCAAGACGUUCAACAUCAUGAUCAAGUCCUACGGUAAGGCUGGCAUGUAUGACAAGAUGAUGUCGAUAUUCAGAUACAUGAAGAAACGGUUCUUCUCACCGACUGCGGUUACCUUCAACACAGUGAUAGAGUGUUUUGGACGUGCUGGAAACAUAGAAAAGAUGGAGUACUAUUUCCGGCUUAUGAAGAUUCAGGGUGUCAAACCCAACCCCAUCACCUACUGCUCGCUAGUUAACGGGUACAGUAAAGCUGGGCUACUUGACAAGGUUCCAGGGAUUAUUCGACAGACCGAGAACACCAAUGUUGUCUUAGAUACUCCAUUCUUCAACUGUGUGAUAAGCGCAUAUGCGAAGUCUGGAGAUAUCAAAAUCAUGGAGGAGAUGCUGCAGCUUAUGAAGGAGAAGAAAUGCAAGCCUGACAAAAUAACUUAUGCCACCAUGAUUCAGGCGUACACUGCACAGGGGAUGGAUGAAGCUGCUAGAUUGCUGGAGAUGGAAGCUGAAAGAUUUGAUAAAAGGUUGCUGGGACCAGUUUCUGAGGUUGAUGGCGAAUAAUGCAUACAAUAACUCCUCUGUGGACUAGUACUAAUCCAAGGAUGGAGAAAGAUGUUGCGGUGCAAGAGGUGCUAUGGGAGAACAUAGCUGGGAAUCCACAACAGGAUCUGACCAAAAGGGUCGUGCCAAUUGGAUGCAGUCAUGCAGACGGCAAUGAAACCAGAAGUCCAAAACCCUUUCUAAAUUCCUGUCCUGAUAAUUAGUUCUUUGGUCAGAUAAUCCAUCUGUUUGGGGCUCAUAUUUAGGGUCGCCGAAUUCGGUCACUAUGUUGUCAGUUGUCACCAAGGCGACACAUGCCGCUGUGCUGAUCGCCCGACUCUUCUCGACAUAUUGGCAUAUUGCAAGUUGUAGCAGCUUCCAAGUGGGACUGACGAGGCUGGGGAUCCUGAGAGCCUGAAGCGGCAUGGAUGACACUCAGAUCAUGAAUAAAUCGCGGAGGAGGCACUCGCAGGUCACGGGAGUUGCGUUGCAGACUUCGGUUGCUGAUGAAGUGGUAAAACCGUAAAACCCUGCAAGGAUCUCAGUUUGGAGUCAUCACAUUUGUCCAUACUCACUGAAGGUGCUGAUGAAGUGGUAAAACCCUGCAAAAUGUAGUGUGCGCACAACCUUAUGCGCUUUCAGCUUCAUCAGGCUGUAAAAAAAAGGAUGCAUUCUUGUACGUUGUUGAUCCAUUAUGUAUUCAGAUUUGUUUUUCACGUUUA